AUGUGUCUUCUUUGCAUUCUAAGAAGUUUUGUUGGACUUCAUCUCUCCAAGAGCGUCAUCUCUGUCAACAAGUCUGUCAUUGACAAAUUUAAGACUUCUCUGCUUAAUGUUUUAUGGUUCUUGUCAUAUUCCCAGAAACAGAACUUUAGAACAAAUUCACCUUUCUUGUUUACAC